AUGGACGAUGAAAAUAACCCGGAUGAAAAUCCGGACCAUAUGUUUGACGAUCCAUUCAUGGGCACCAAUGAUGAGAUGAACCGUGAAUAUGGUCCACAGCUUCAUCUGGACCCUAUGUUUGAAGAAGAUCCAGCCAUGGGUACCAACGAUGAAGUAUCCGGAUUCCUGAAUAAUCUUGUGGACCAAUCCAUCACUGACCUUAUAGAGGAUGAUACCACUCUGGGCGAAUUUCAAGAUGAGGAAUCGCCUUUACCAGAUCUCACAGUAAAGAAAAAGAAAUCAAAUAAGGAUUUUUCCACAUCAAAGUCACUUCCUUCUCUGGACUUGAAGCAGAUGGAUGGCAUCUCUAAAGUAAGCACACCAACACAGAAGACCAGUUCCCUCCCCAGUGUGAGGAGGAAGCCGUCCCCUGUCAGGGUUGAUAACUGGGAUCUCAGGAAGCACACACUUAUCAGGCAAUACCAGAAGGCUAUGAUUGACUCCUACGUUAAUCAUGUACCAGUGAUUCGCGAAGAACCAGAAACAUCCUCUAGAACGCUGACAAGCGCCGAUUUAGCUUCCCCAAGUCCAUCACAAACUCCUGAGGCCACCAAGAACGAAGAGGCUUGUACCCAGGACAACAAUGUGGAUAUUGAUUUUGAUAUGGACGAUGAGAUCGGGGAUUUUAUAAGUGAUUCCCUGUCAACCAUUACUAGUGAAUUUAAUGUGGAAGCGGAGAAGAAAAUUGAUCUAGUUGGAACACCAGUUGCAAGUGACAAAGCAACCCAACCUACAUUGAAAAGUCUGGUCGGUGAUGUCAACAGUGAUCACGAAGGUCACUCUUUGAAGGAAACAUCUGAUGUCAACAAGGCUGAGAGAGAAAUUGAGAAAGAACUUCGAAAAGAUGAAGAUGAUUCUGUAAAGGUUGCCUCAACUUUUAUUUCCGGCCAGGAGGAAGAUGUCACUGGACUCAAGGAAGCCUUAGAAAUUGAGGAGGCAACUGUGGAUAUUGGCUGUGAAAAGAAGACAUCUUCAGGAAGUAUUUUUGGCCUAGUUUUCAAAAGGAGAAAAUCAAAAGUCUCUCUCAAACUGAAGUUUCCAUGUUUCGGAUUGAUAUGCUGUGGAACACUGAAAGAUGUUAAUGAGGAUAGUAACUCACAGAGUAACUUAAAUACUGCUCAAGCUAAGAAACCUGGACUCGUGAAAAGAUUAUUCCCCUUCCUGAAGAAAAAAGGAGCUCGCGUUGCUCCUGUUAUCGAUCAGAACUAG